CCACCAAACGCAGCCUCAGCCUCAGCCGCAGCCUCGUUUCUUGCGACGACCCGAUCUCCAGAACCGAGCAGAGCAUCCGACGGCGAGUAUGUGCACGCAGAGUCCCAUCGCGUCUGCACCGGGCGAAUGGGCAAUCUUUGACGGCUGAAGUGGUGAAAGCUACUUCUUGAUGGAGAUCUCUUGUUUCUUUCCCGUUUUCUUGCCAAUUUCUACCUCCUUGCUCUGUUUUUUCUCUGCUCUCGACGAGACACGUCUCCGAGCCAACCUUUUUUGUUCUCAUGCAGGAAAUAAGGAGAAUGCCCAACAUGUGGCUUUCAACGCACUAAGCCAAUCGCCCCACUUGGUCAUCUCUCUGUCUCUCUGACUCUCCGUCUCUUCAUAAAUCCCGGCCUCGAGAACCUCGAGAAAACAGAGGAAAACGAGAGCGGGUCGAAGCGGGAGAAAAGGGGAACGAGAGAAAAUGGAGGGCGCAGGAAACGCGAACCACGAAGUAGAGGCGCCUUCGCGCAUCACCAUCAAGGGCAUCCUCGGCUUGCUGAUGGAGAACGUCGAAACGGGCAACGGCAAGAGGGUGGUUUCGCUGGGCAUGGGCGACCCUUCUGCUUACACGUGCUUCCGCACCACGCGGGUGGCCGAGGACGCCGUGGUGGACGCUCUUCAGUCGCAGAAGUUCAAUGGCUAUUCGCCCACCGUUGGUCUUCCCCAGACAAGAAGAGCAAUCGCCGAGUACUUGUCUUGUGAUCUCCCAUACAAGUUAUCGUCCGAUGACGUGUUCGUUACAUCCGGUUGCACGCAAGCAAUAGAUGUUGCAUUGGCAAUGCUUGCUAGACCAGGAGCGAACGUACUGCUUCCAAGGCCUGGUUUCCCGAUUUAUGAACUUUGUGCUGCUUUUAGACACAUUGAAGUUCGGCAUUAUGAUCUCCUCCCCAACAAAAGUUGGGAGGUUGAUCUCGAUGCUAUACAAACUUUAGCAGAUCGGAACACAGUGGCAAUGGUAAUUAUCAACCCGGGAAAUCCUUGUGGGAACGUGUACACUGAUCAACAUCUGAGGGAGAUAGCAGAAACUGCAGAGAAGCUGAAAAUCCUUGUGAUUGCUGAUGAAGUUUAUGGGCACCUUGCUUUUGGGGACACCCCAUUCGUGCCGAUGGGACGAUAUGGGAGGAUCGUCCCUGUUCUCACUCUCGGUUCUCUGUCCAAAAGAUGGAUUGUACCUGGGUGGAGACUCGGCUGGUUCGUGACAAGUGAUCCCAGUGGCAUGUUCAGGAAACCCAAGGUUGUUGAGCGCAUCAAGAAGUAUUUUGACAUAUUGGGAGGCCCAUCAACUUUCAUCCAGGCAGCGGUUCCUCAAAUCAUCGAGAGAACCGAUGAGGCUUUCUUCAAGAAAAACAUCGACAUGCUGAGACUGACUGCGGAUAUUUGUUGCAGUCGGAUCAGUGAGAUUCCCUGCCUUACUUGUCCAGAUAAACCUAAGGGAUCUAUGGCUAUGAUGGUAAAGCUGAAUCUUUCGCUAUUGGAAGACAUCAGCGAUGAUAUCGACUUCUGCUUCAAGCUGGCCAAGGAGGAAUCGGUUAUCAUCCUUCCAGGACUUGCCGUGGGCUUGAAAGAUUGGGUCCGCAUCACUUUCGCGGCCGAUCCACCAUCUCUCGAAGAAGGCCUUGGAAGGAUCAAGUCGUUCUGCCAGAGAUAUGCCAAGCAAGUAUAGAAACAGCAAAGGACGAGACAAUAAGCAGAUUAGAAGAUCUGAAUACACUAAGCCUGUAGGGUUAGGGAAAUAAAAGGGUUUCUCGAUCUCCCUCAUAUCCAUAGCCGAAAUAUAUGCAAUCAACCAGUUCAAAUGUGUAUGAGACUUUGUGAAUCUCACAUGUUCAUAUUAAAAUUUAUUCACGUCGGUCUUAUUGGGCAUUAAGUUA